AUGUCUGCUGAAUUCAACUGGGAUAACGCUGACGUGAAGAAGAAGUGAGUUAUUUUCUGUUUCCCGCCAACUCGUAAUUCAUUUUUCCAGAUGGGACGCGUUCACCAAGUUCGGCGCGGCGACUGCCACUGAAAUGACCGGAAAGAACUUCGACAAGUGGCUUAAGGAUGCGGGGAUUCUCGAUAGCAAGACUAUCACCAGCACGAUGACCGGCAUCGCGUUCAGUAAGGUUACCGGGUAAAUUGGCCGAUUUGACCUGAAUGAAAGGUAUAAUUGUUUGAAUAGUUUAGCCCGAAAAAGAAGGCCACUUUUGACGAGACGAAGAAAGUGCUGACGUUUGUGGCGGAGGACCGUGCGAGACAAAGCAAGAAAACCGUCCAGGAUGAAUUGGACGCUAUCACCGACAAAUUGGCCAAAUUGGACGCGCCGAGUGUCGGAGGUGCGGCCAAGGCGAAUGCCGCGGGCGUCUACAGCCGUCUCACCGACCAUACCAAGUACACUGGGGCCCAUAAAGAGCGUUUCGACGCUGAGGGAAAAGGUAUGACCGAUCCGAGAGAGGCAUGCGAAACGGAUAUCAUUUCAGGAAAGGGAAAGGCUGGCCGUAAUGACGUCGCUGACAACAGUGGAUACGUCGGAGCUUACAAGAACAAGGACACCUACGACAAGGCGCAUGGAAAGUAA